AUGGCAUCACUUCAGCCACCCCGGGCCGCUCGUCGUGGAAGGGAGAAAAACACUCGAUUGCUAAGAGAAGUGACAAAGAGACAACGCGCAAGCACAUCCGAUGCGACAAAUACAAUACCUGUCAACGCAAAGUUGCCGACAAGGAGAAUAUCACGAGCAUGCGACUUGUGUCGCUUGAAAAAGCUGCGAUGUGACGGAAUACGUCCAACUUGUCGUGCAUGUAGCCUGGGUGGGCAUGACUGCACUUAUGGGACCGGGACGAAGAAGCGUGGUCUUCCAACAGGCUACGUUCGUAUUCUGGAAGCUUUAUGGGGCCUGGUAUUUGAAGUCAUCCCCGGAAGCAUGCAGACUGCUCUAAAACUGCUGCAAGAUGCACAUGUCGUUUGGGACGAAGACGAGAAAGUGACUCUUUCCAGCCGUCAUGUUUCUUCCGCCGAUGGGCUGCGACACUCGUGGGCAAGAAGCUCCGUUCGACAGGAAAUAGACGAGAUAGUCAUGGGAAUAGAGAGAGGAGAAAAGCCUUCGCCGCACGGUGGAAUUGAAGACAACGAUCCGGAGCCUCCUAAUUUUGGUAGCUGGACGGGCAACGACUUAUUAGGUGCUGACCUGGUCCAACCUCCACAGCCCGGUGAACUAGUGACGGAACAUCCAGAUAUACAUGGACAUGCAUUGAGGGGUGCUGAGAAUGUCACUGACGAGCCUUCUAUGCACCUAAUGGUACACCCCCAUGGCACAUUCCAGCCCCGGCCAUCCAUCCCAAUCGAGGCUUGGUCGUUGCUUGAUACGCAUAGUCGGUACACGAACUCAUGGCUUCCAAUCGUUCCCAAGACCGAGGUUGUCAGAAUAAUAAGCUUAUAUCAGGACGAUUCGGCUUGUACGCUACCAGAGAUGGCGCUGAUGUGGGCAGUGUUGGCCUUGUCAUCAAGUGCUCAUUAUAAUGCCACAAGCCCUGGCGAGCUACACGUGUCACGCUCCUAUUAUAACCACGCGCUGAGCCUGGUGUCAUUUGAUACCGCUACCGAAUAUGCAAAUUUUGUACCUGCACUGGUGCUUCUGGCAAUGCUAGAUAUGUCUGAGAAUAAAUGGGAGACAGCUUCCAUGCUAGCUGGCAAUGCCGUCCGAGCCGGUCUCAUGACAAGACAAGAAGACACGCCUCGUCGGCCUGCCAGGCACUGUCUAUUCAUUCUGAGUGCUUUUGUUAUGGACACACUGGCUGCUGCUCGCAUGAAUUUUGUGCCACAUCUACGUAGUAAAGAUGUUCGUCCGCUGUUGGAGUUUAACACACAGGGGCCAGAAGAAUGGGAACAGUGCCCAGGAGAACAGCGACCUUUACGAAGUCUGACUAUUUUCAAGGAAUACGUUAAACUUCUGAUGAUUUUAAAUGACUGCAUAUACGAAUCGCAACUAUCAUCCAGUGGAUUUACCCCAGUUUCUUCGGAUCUUGAAACAUGGCUUUUUGGCCUUCCGAAACAUUGCAAUUUUAAUUCUACUACUGGUUCUCUUAGCACUGAACAGCAAAUCUCAAUCUUGUCUCCGCCUGUCGCAAACUUGGGGAUUAUGUUUGACGUUGUUCUCUCUUUUUUACAAGCAAGUGCUAGAUUCAACUUUGAUUCUAGCAACGCCAGAACAAAUCUACAAGACAAUCCAUCUAGACUGAAGCAAGCAUAUCUUCGGUCAUUUGAACCUUGUCCAUGGAUAGGCAUAUUGGACCUUCACAGCCAUGCCUCUUCAAUAAGACCAACCAUAGGGUCAACUUACUCAUCGGGGGACCAGAGGAUAGGUGCCACGCGAAAUAGCACGAUCAUACCGACUAGCACUGUUGGUUCUCAACCGAUAUUUGGAGAGCUAGAUAACCCGAAAACGAUCGAAGAUCUAAUUGACGAGCUUUCUACUACGCAAGGGAUGGCGGAAUUUAAUAGCGGGUCAAAUCAAUUCAUGUAUGAUCUUGGAUUCUAUGAUACAUAG